CACUCUCUCUCUUCCCCCCUGCACCCCGACACACACGCACACACACUCUCACACACACGCACACACACACACAAACAGUCACUUGCUCGCUCCCUCGCUCACGCACUGCCUGCAAGAUACGCCAGCAAAAGCAGCCCCCUUAGCUAAUUCCAUUAAACAUUCCGUCUGGAAGCUAUAAGGCUGCCUUCUAAUUGCUUUUGUAUCCCCCCGAGCCCCCCCCCCCCCUCCCCCUUGGUGAACAUGGCAGUAAAUGGAAGGAGGAAGGCGAGUUAGAGAGAGAGCGAGGCGGCCGCUGACACGGAAUAUUGGUGCCAUUUUCACCUUGCAGGAGGCUCCAGUCCUGCUCGGCUGGGUAGAGGACAGAGGCUGAACGAUACUGCAGAGUGCCCUAGUCGAAGUCAUGCAGUCUUUCAGAGAAAGGAGUGGUUUCCGUGGUAACCAGCACUGCCACCAGCAGGAGCCCUAUGAAUUAUCACGCCUUGAGAAUUACAGACAUCAUCACAGCCAGAACAGACAGGGCUAUGAGGCGCACUCUCUCACAGUGGCAGCAACAGCAGCAGCAGCAGCAGCAGCAGCAGGGGCGGGAGCUAAGGAUUGUUACAGCAAGCAAGUCUACCCUGGCUAUGCCAGCAACUCUGCCACGGCUGAGAAACAGUACAAUGGAGGAAAAAUCACAAGCCAGCACUUACAGGGUGGAUACAGCAGCCAUCUUAACACUGCCUACUCUACCCAGUACAUAAAUGAAGGUCAUCUGCAGCAGAAAUGGGAGGAUUCUUCUCACAUGUCCCAAUAUGAACAGAGUGUGCUUGGCAGGCUGGAAUCAACAGGUGGGGCAGGGGGUAGAUCUCAGUUUCUACCACAGAAUAUGCUAGCCAUUUCACAAAACCAGUGCACCCAUGCCAGUCAGCCUUCCACUCCAGUGUACACCAGCCAUCACCAACAGAAACUCCCACAAGAUACAACCACAUCUGCUAUGACCUACACCCAAGGGCACCUCCAUUUCCCCCAACAUACUCAGUCUCUCGCAACCCCUACGCCUUCUUAUGUAGAAAAAUGCAAUGCCGCACCCCAUUGUUACAAAGGCUAUCCCAUGCCCCCAAAUUCCCAGUAUAGCAGGCAGCCAGGAAACAACAACAACAGCCUCAAGCAGAGUAGCUACAGGUCUCAGAACAGCUAUGCCUACCAGCAGCCUCCCUCCAGGAGUGGAUAUGAACAACAACCCCCUCUGCAGGGGAUUCCCAGCACACAGGACAGCUUCUCAAAAUACCAACAUUUUAGCCAGCCACAACAGGGCUACUGCCUAUCAGACAUCUCUGUGAGGUCCCCAGAGCAGUACUACCAGACCUGCAGUCCCAAUGCUAGCCACUCACCUGCCAGGUCGGUGGGCAGGUCACCCUCUUACAACCCCACUUCUUCCCCCUUAAUGGUCCAUUCUGAGACGUUCCUGUACAGCCAGCCUCCCAUCACCUCAGGGGCCUCAUCAUCCUCCAGUCUACAAGAGCAAGGCUUACAUUUACCACCGCAGUCUCACCCAUCCUCCAGCAUCAAUCAUCAGACAACCAGCUAUGCAGGGUCACUAAUGGAUAAGUUCUCAGAGAAGCUAUUGUCCAAUCCCAGCUUGUGGAGUCUCAAUGCCCUAACAUCUCAGGUGGAAAACAUUUCCAACAAUGUCCAGCAGCUGCUGCUCUCUGAAGCACUCAUAGCUAACAAGAAGGGCAGCAAACGUAACAAUCCUAAACAAGGGGAGGACUAUAAGGGCCAGCUUCACACGCUUGAGGACAGCUCGUGUUCAGACUCCCAGCAUUCUGCCCCUGUGUCCGAAACUUUCAGCACUCCCUCGACCAUCCACACUGGGCUACAAGAGGGGAGAUGCCCCAACAGCUCUGAAGACCAACAGGAGAGGAGCUACUACUACUGUGGGCAAAACCCAAGCCCAGCACAGGCCACCACAAACCCCCAGUUUACUCUGAAUGUGGUCCCGUCCUGUGUAAUGACCUCGCCCAAUGACAUGUCCUGUAAUUCAGAGGCCUCACACAGGACUGCACAAACUGGGGGUGACAACUUGAACACCAUAUUGAAGGAAUUAAGAUCAGAGAAGUCUCCCAUCAGCAUUGCUGUUCCGGACUCUCUAAACCAAGAGCAGAACUCUCCAGCAGACAGGGAGAGCCUGGGGGACACAAUCAAGGAGAACUUUGAGGAGUCAGCCUGGUCAGAGAAGUUAGAGGAGAAGGAGAGGAAGGAGGAGAAAGAACAGCUCCUCACAGAAUGUGAGAAGCAGGCUGAUGUCAUUGCAUGCAAGCAGGAGGAGGAAUGGGCGGGGGAAGAGAAGUGUCUGUCUGUUUUACAUAAGAUAAGCGAUGCCCUGAGUGUCAACAAUUACCCCAAUGACAAGGAUGAAAAAGUGUAUCAGGAUUUGGUACAGAAUUAUAGUCCAGCCGAUGGGGAUAUUUCUGAACGGCUUUGCAAUUCGUCUGAUAUCAGUUGCAGGAGAGACGCGGACUCUGAUGUACAACCUGAAACUUACAAAUCUGAGUUUCUUCCUGAUUCGGAUGCUACAGGGAAAAGAGCACGAUUUGUUUGGGGGGAUGAAUAUUUAACCAUGAAAGAGAACAACUCGGAGUUUCCACAUGUGAACUCUAGGAGUGAGCUUUUUGAAGAGAGUCUUUCAACUACUCCGAAAGAGAGGCUUCAGGCACAUGAAGAGCAGCACUCUGUCCUUUCCAGUCAGGCUGCUGAAGUGAGUAAGGAGGAGAGUUUGUCAUCUUCUGAGGAGGUCAUUAAUAAUAUAACAUGGUCACUGGAAUCUGGAGAAUUUCUCAGCCCAGAACCAGAGCAGGGAAAGUCUCCAUCCCCAGCUAAUGUGGAUGUGGAGGUGCAAGACACAGAUUUCACAGGCUCAGAAAAGAGGUCAGUCAUUUGCGACAUUACACCUCAGACUAAUUCUGUGAAGGCAGUCUUCUCAGUGUUUAAUGAGGAAGCAACACCUCUGUCCCAAGCAAGGGAGCACAUUGAUCAGUGCGAUGCUGUGGUGCUGGAGCCAGAAUCUCCUCAGCUACCAGGCAAGUCAAUGAUGCACUCAGCACCUUCCUGGGCUGAUACUCCACCUUCCCCAAAAAAAGGUGAUGAAGAAAUUGAUCCUGGAAUAAGCUGCCCUAUUGCAGUGACACCUUCAACUAAAUCUGAGCCAAUGGCAACCUCUGCAAACCAUAGGGUGUUCAACAGAAGACAUGUGAGGGGCAGGAGACGCCAGCCUGGAGUGCUAAUGCACACAAGUGUUCGAAUCAGAAGACUCUCCAGUGUGGAAGGGGACUGUGUUCCAGCAGCUCCUCAGGAAAUUGAUUUGCCACCCAGUAAAACCAUGGUUUUUGUAGAACAAGCAAGGGCAGCUCACAAAGACCUUUCUAGUCAGACACCUACACAUUUAACAGAAAACUUCCCGUCAAGGAUGUGUACUCGCUCUUUGACUGCAAUGGCUACUCCUAAAACUUGUGUCCGUUUGAAAAGGCAACGAGGGCAGAAACCCUCCAAUGUGGGUUUUGUCAAAGACUCUCAAGGUGAUCCCAAGGGCUUAAUAUCUAAAAUCAAAUGGAGGAAGCAGCGAGGCCCAAAACCUAUGAUCAUAGGUCACAGGAAGGGCAGGAGAGGCCUGAGUGAAAACAGACAGCAAGAUGAAAACCAGGAAACCACCUUGUGCUUAUCUCCCUGCGUCAAAGCUCAAAGGCCCAUGGUCCUGAGAUCGAGAAAACAUACACAGGAGAACCCACUGAAAGAAAAAGCGAAGGAGAGAAAGACUAUGUGCAUUCUACCCAAGGCAUUGAAGGAAAUGAAGGGACAAAGGACAGCAUUUCUAAAAGAACAGGACUGUGUGAGUUCCAAACAAAACCUUGCUUCUGUCCAUCGGAAGGGCGUGUACAGAACACUGCUUAGCAAAUCAGACAAAAGUGUGUCCUCCAUUAAGAGGAAAUCCAGCUGCCAUUCCCCAUUACCCGUGAAAAAACAGAGAGGGGUCAAAGGAAACAAACCAGAAAUGAUGCAGCCCCCUUUAAAAACUAAGCUGAUGGGAGUCAAAGGUCCCAAGAAGAAUCUAAUGCAAGGAGAGAAUUGUAAUAUACCUUUGAGUGGUUUCCUUGCCAAAGAUCCCUCCCCUGCUAAUAUAAGUGACGUUCCUUGUAUGCUGCCUCAGUAUCCAGCAAAAACAAAGUAUCUGCCCCCUAGAAAAGGCCGAGGCCUAAAAUAUGAAGCAAUGGUUCAAAAAAUUACAUCACCAGGGUCAAAAAAGCACAUUACAUAUCCUCAAGUUGAAAAUGUACAAGGUAAUUUGGUGACAAGAACCACAUUACAAAGUUUGGAACGAGCAAAAACGGUAGAGGCAGGAGAGGUGAAGCCAGAGCAGCAGGAAAUCACUCAGAAAUUGGAGGAAACACAAGACUCCACAGUUGUCAAAGCUUCAGUUAUAAAAUGGAGAAAACAGCUGUCCACAGAGAAUGGAAAUCCACCCGAGUUAGUGUCAGGAGCGGGUAGUCAAGUCAUUAAUACUCCACGACUAGCUAAACAAAGAGCAAUCAAGAACAACCAUGAAAUGCAUUUAAAGCAGAGGAGGAAAAAGAGGAAGGGUCUAACAUCCUUAGAGAGCACUGACACUGCAGAGCAGCAGACACCAACCCCAUUUCCAGCAGGGGAGAAGAUGCCCCCCACACAGACCCCUGCACACACAAGUGUGAGUAAAAAGCCAAGAUAUCCAAUGGCCCCAACAAGAAAUACCCAGGCUAAAGCCCUGGCAAAACAAGGCAUCAAAAACAAAACAAUAAUCCCAAAAACAGGGCCCAACAGGAGAAAUAAAAAAUAUUUACACAAUGUUAAGCCUACACAAAAUGGGUGGAGACUUAAGACUCGACACAGACUGCAAACCAAUCCAGAGGUAGAGGGGCAGCAGCCAGAGAUUUGCUUAAAAUAUAUAAUGUACAAACCACAAAAAAAUGAAAAUAAACUCUUCAGUCCAUAUGUGUACAUUGAUAGUUCAGAAGAAUUUGCUUCUUUUUGUGCUGUCAUCAAUAGGCCUGAGGAAGAGCUGCUUCUCCAAGCCAAGAAAAAGAGAUUUCCCAAAAUACAGAACCCAGUCAUUGUUGCUAAGGUGAUACCAAACUCCUCUGUAAUGCUGCAGGGACCCUUAGUGAACAAACACCUGAUUGACAAGUGUCUUACUUGUUGCCUGUGUGGAAAACCAGCCAAUUACAGAGAGCUUGGGGACCUGUGUGGACCAUAUUACCCUGAGGACAGCAUACCACGGAAGGCUAUGUCUUUUAAGUACAAACUGGAGUCUAGGGAUGAGGUAGUAACAGUGAACUGCAGUGCGGGGGAGGCCUGCACACCGAAGAGGGGGGGUGUAAAGAGCCUUAGCGGGGGGAGCAGUGCCACUGGCCGCCCUGGGCGGCCCAAGAAAGCGGACAAGGCAUCAGGGGAGAGUACCACAAUUCGACCCAAAUUUCUGGAGCGGUACAAAAAGCUGCAGCAGUCACAGAGCUAUGAAAGGAGAAUCAGGGAGGAGGGGGCAGCUCAUUCAAGGUUGCAGGAUGGCAGCGGGGCUGUUUUUCGGAAGCUAGAACUAGAAGUGGAGGCUAAGGAGAACUGGGUUCACGAAGCUUGUGCUGUUUGGACCAGCAGCGUUUUCCUGGUUGCUGGCAAGCUGUAUGGACUGCAGGAAGCCGUGAAUGCUGCUGCUGAGAUGAGGUGUUCAAAGUGCCAGGAUGUGGGUGCAUCAGUCAGCUGCUGCAGCAAAGGCUGUCACCAGAAAUUCCACUAUGUCUGUGCCAAAGAGACUGGUUGUUUGUUGCUAGAAGAAAGCUUAUCAUUGAAAUGUACAAAACAUAAGGCUUUGUAAAGCCCAGCCAGCCUUGUGAAGCUCUCCUAUGCAGUGCAUCAAAGGACAUACAUCCCUCUGCUGACAAGCCAAUAUGGAUUACAGCUCAACACUCCACAGUGAAACGCCCAAAAGGAGCUCUCCCGUAGCACCGUAGCAGCAAUACACAUACUGGAUCAAGUCUACUGUACAGCAUUCUCAAUUGCUCUUGUCUUUUUCUACUGGUUUUUCUCUUCUAGAGGCACUACCCAUAUCAAUUCAUUUUCCUGAAUGGAAGAUAAGCUUAAAAUAAAAACAAUGAUUUUUAAUCAUUGAUACAAAAGAGAAACUUGGCUAAAUGCAGAGCAGUCUGUGACUAAAGGUUCUCAUGUGUU